GUGCAGAAGGGUAGAAAGGUUACUAAUGAUUCUGAAGAUUUUAUGCAAAAUGAGAUAGUUGAGGUUGGUUUGGAAGAGACUCAUGAAGUUAAAGAUGUAUAUUUUAAUGAAGUACAUAACUUAGAGAAAAGAGCGAGUUAUUCUAGAGUUGGGGAAAAGGACGAACACAGGAGGAGGUCAGGGAAGGGCAUAAAGAUAGAUGAGAAGCAUAGCAGUUCUGGUAAGCAUGUGAUUAGACGUGCAAGUUUCAGUGAUAGGCAUAGGAUAACCAUCAAUCAGCAUGGAACUGUGAAUCAUAGAUCUAACAGAGGUUUGCAGAAUAGCAAAAGCUUUGAGGAUGAAGAAAUCCAAAAGCAAGAUCGUUUUGUACAGCCUGUUUCUCAACCUGCUCUUUAUGAUGUUGCUGUCAAAGCCAUGGUGUCUAGCUUAAAUAGUUAUGUUAACCGUUUUCUCAAAAAUAAGGAUUAUUGGACCUCCCUCCACCACAAUUGUUUCUUAUCCCUGAAUUUUACUAGACUAGAAGACAGGGAUGCUGACAGCAAUGUCAUCACCAACCUUGGAGAAGCAGUUGAGGUAGUAGAAAGAGCAGCUGAGGAUUCUGCUAGUGCAAAAGAGCUGAAAAAAGCUUUGUUUCAGCUUCAUGUGAUAACUGGAUUGAAUUCAGAUGAUUUGAAGAUUGAGUUCACAUUAGGGAUUCCUAAUUAUAAGUUGUCAGCAUGUGCUCAACUCUGCCUUAGUAUUAUAUUUAAGCUGCAGAAGAAAGACAGGAUUUCAGCAAAGCAUCUUUUGCAAGUCUUUUGUGAUUCACCUUCUCAAGCAAGGAUGACUUUGUUGCCUGAACUGUGGGAAGAUAUGUUUUCUCCACAUCUUUCACAUCUGAAGGAUUGGUACAAUCAAGAAGCUGAAUCUCUAGUAGAAUCACCAACUAGGGCAAAGAAACUUAAGCUUCUUGACAAAGUAUACAAUGAAAUUCUGGAUUCAGGAAACUUACCAGUUUGCUGUUUACUACAAGGAUUGGCUCUCAGAGUGAAUCGAAGCUCCAUCUGUUCCUUGUAUACACAUUCCAUUGGUGUCUCUAGAGGGAUUUCAUCAAGGAGACUCAGUUCUUCAUACUUCAGAGGUGACAAGUUCAGCUGCUGCCUUCUCACCAACGCCGGUGAUCAGUCAGAAACUGUAUCAUUCAAAUAAACACGUUCCAUCUGUGUCUCUUGAAGGAUUUCAGCAGGGAGAUUUAGUUAAACCUGGCAAUUUUUUA